AUGCCUCGCCCGCGCGACGACGCGCGCGACACCGCGCGCGCAUCGCCGUCGGUCGACUCUACCGCGAGUCUGCGCUCGUUUGUCGCCCGUUUGUCGUCGCCAUCGUCGCGCGAACGCGCCGCCGCCGCGGAAUCACUGCUCGAGCUGCGCAUCGGCGACGAGGGUCACGGCGCCGCUUGGGCGCUCGCGCUGUGCGCGUCGGGGUGCGUCGUGCCUUUGUUGAGGUCCGUGCAAGCGGUCGAGCGCGACAGCGCGACGGGGGCACCGGUGGAGAGCGCGGACGCGGACGCGCUCGCGGCGAGCGACGGCGCGCUGUUGGUUUUGAGCGAACUCGGCGGCGUCGCGAAUGGAUUGCUCGAGAACGAGGGGUAUCAGGUGGAGCUCGACGAGAGCACCGGACAACCGAUUUUCGUGGAUUCGUCGAGCGGGAUGGCGAGCGCGACGACGCCGACGUUGAGAGCACAGGAUGAAUUGGACGCGGAGGAGCGUUGGACGUUUGCGUUGUUGAUCGAGACGUUGACGUUGGUGACGCCGUUGGGGGUCGACGCGCGCACUGGGAAGUUGACGUGGAGCGUAGAAGUCAUUGAGCACGUGGAAAGAGCGGAAGACAGUGGGCUUGAGGCGCUGAGUGUGAUCGAUAUGGCGGUGGAGGAUGGGUCCGGGGGCGAAUGCACGAGAGCGCUCGUGCGCGGCCCGUGGAGAGGGAGCGACGGUGCAGUCGAGGCGGAAAAGGACCCGAACGAACCGCUCGGAUUGGCGUUAGAUUCGUGGAGAGAUGCGACGUACGUCGCGGUGGCGAUGGCAUCGCCGGGGGACGGUCCAGUGCGAAGGGUGUUGGCGCUGGGAUGCGCCGGAGGCGCCGCCGUGGCGUCGUUCAUGCGCACGUACUCACCGGAGACGCGCGUCGACGUCGUCGAACAAGAUGGCACGGUCGUGGACUUGAUGGUGAAAUAUUUUGGUUUGGAGUGCACGCGAUGUGAUAAAAAGGUGCACGCGAGCGAUGCAGGCGCUCGCGGGGAGAUUAGAGUUUGGAGCGAAGACUUUUUAGAUUUUCUCGAACGCGCGAGCGGCGCCAAGUACGACGCCAUCGUAGGAUCUUGGCCACAAGGCGACGAUGAGACGAUCGUACUGCGUGUACGAACGCUUAUCAACGCCGAUACCGGUGUUUUGGCGUUAUCGGGCAUGAAUGGAUCCGCUUUGGAGGCGCUGGGCGACAAUGCGCACUUGCUGCGAGAUCCCGCCGACGUCACUUUUGAGGACGUGGAAAGUCGGCCAGAAAAGCGUACGAGGACGAGCGCAACGAGCGAUGUGAGAGAACGCGAUAUCGUAUGCACUUGGUUCGACCCGUCGAAGAAUGUUGAAAGUUUUCAUCCCGAGCACUGGCACGCGCGACUGCGAGAAAAGCUUGGCGCCGACGCCGCUCGAUUUCCUUAUCGCAUCGCUGAUGUCGAUACACACGGGCACUUUACUGUGCUCGAUUACGCCGCCAACGACGAGGACGAGGACGUACGAAAUUUACCAGCGAUCGAUGACAAGAACUCGGCAUGGGACGCGUUCGGAGACGAGGGCGAAGAUGCAGCUCCGGGAAAGGCAAUUUCGACGAACGUUUUCGACGCAACCUACUGGAACGCCAUUUUAAGCACGCACGGCUGCGCGGUGUCAAGCAACAGCGAUGCGACCGUGAGUGAAAUCGACGCUAGCGCAACGCAAGAGCACGUGGCGUCGCUACAAGAGAACGGCUACGUGUGGGGCGAUGUUAUCGUGCCGAUUAAGGAUACCAACGCGCUCCGCAGCGGCAUCGAGGCGCUCGUCGACGCCAAGUGGCCGCCGGCGUGCAUAUUCGUUUCCGACGUUGCCUGGCGUGUCAUCGACUUGCUAUUCGCGCACGCGGAGGUCCUACUUGGCGGUGAGUGCGUGUUAGAACCAUCCGUUGCCGCGUUCAAGCUCGAAAAAGACGCAUCUGGGAAGCGUUACAUCGGUAACAACUUUGGCGUUCCGCAUCGCGACUACUCCCUCUCGGACGCCGUCGACGAAGAUGGUAAAACGCAAGUCCUCAGCCUUUGGCUCCCGUUGAACCGCGUCACGGAAACAAGUGGGUGCAUGUACGUCGUGUCGAAGAAAGACGACGAAGAUGGUGGGCGAAGUGACGUUUCAAAAUCCGCCCCCGAGGUGCCUCGCGGCGCCGCCAAGCCCCUCGCCCCCGUCGACGCCGGCGCCCUCCUCGCAUGGUCAGGAAACAUCAUCCACUGGGGCAGCGCGUGUGAAAUCGACAGCCCAGAUCCACCACGCAUGAGCGUCGCCUUCGUCUUCCGUAGGCGCGGCCGCGCUGAGGCGCGAGCCGACGCCCGAUGUCCCCCGCUCGAUCGCGCCGCCGCGCGCGCCGCCGACCUUCGCCGCCGUCUCGACGUCAUCCAUCACGCCAUCGGCGUCUUCGAGCACUGGUACGGCGACACCGACGAAAUCAAGGCUCGAUUGAAGCAAUAG